CAACCACUCGUCAUUCCUUCUACGCACACUCUUUAUUAUGGACAGCGAGAACCCUAAUAUGAAAACCGAGAAAAAUACCACGCCUGAAUCCGUCGAGAAAAAGGAACACGUCGCCACUGUCGUUGAACCCAAUCAAUCCAGUGAUGCCGAGGAGUCCGAGCACGAACACGACGCCGAAGAAAUGGAAGACGGUUUGCUGGAUGAGUAUCCUGAUGACACUGAGGAUAUUGACCUUGUUCACAUGCGGAUAUCAAACCUUCCUCGCCUUGGGUUGGAACGUUUGAAGAAUCUUCAACGAGCAUGUUUCCGCCAGAAUCUUAUCAUCGAUAUUGAAGGCUUGGAUUCGUUACAGCAAUUGCAAGAACUCGAUUUAUAUGAUAACAAAAUCUCCCACAUGAGGGGUUUAAAUGAACUCCAACAAUUGAUAUAUCUGGAUUUAUCGUUCAACAAAAUCAAGCACAUCAAAAACAUUGACAAGUUGGUCAAUUUGAAGGAUUUAUUUUUGGUCAGCAACAAGAUCUCCAAAAUUGAAAAUCUCGACACCUUGGUCAACCUCACAAACCUGGAAUUGGGUGCCAACAGAAUUCGCGUUAUUGAAAACCUGGACCAUUUGCGCCGUUUGGAACAACUAUGGCUCGGCAAGAACAAAAUCACAAAGUUUGAGAAUUUGAGCCCAUUGUCCAGUUUGCGAUUAUUGAGCAUCCAGAGCAAUCGGUUAACCAGUCUGCAUGGCCUGCAAGAUCUAGUGAACCUUGAAGAGCUAUAUCUUAGUCAUAACGCCAUCGAAUCUCUUGAAGGCUUAGAAAAGAAUACCAAGUUGAAGACCCUCGAUGUGGCAAAUAAUCAGUUGAGACAUAUUGAACAUGUAUCCCAUUUAAAGCAUCUCGAAGAAUUCUGGGCCAAUAACAAUUUGUUUGAAAGCGAGGUAUUUGAAGAGUUGCCACGAGAAUUUGGUGAAACGACGACGUUGGAGACGAUCUAUCUAGAAGGCAAUCCUAUGCAACUGAAGAACAGAGCCAUGUACCGCAAAAAGGUUCACCUGGCUUUACCACAACUAAAACAGAUCGAUGCUACGUUUAUCCGUUAGGCGUCUUGACACAUUAGCGACCUAUUUCUAGUUUCGUUCGUCGCUAAAUUAAAACAAAAAGACUGUUGCAUUCUGCUGCAAAACCAGUUGGACAACAGAAGCCGAGAAAUCGGUCGCUGUCUACUUAAAAAGUGGACCUCGUCCUGCAAAACAAAGUGGACUUUUUCAAAUCCUGAGAAAUUGGGCGCUGUAAUGUAAAACUUCUCUUACUUUUCAGUGAACAUAUUAUGGCAUGUCUCUUGGGACAAUCUUUAGCGCGACCUGUCGCAUUGCCCUAUGAUGAAGCUUUGUAUUUGAGCUAGCAAGUAAAUCAGUAACGCUUAUUGAAUCUGGCAUGAUGCUGCAGAAGGCGCCCGUUUUCAGUUCCCGCAAAGCCAAAAGUGGGUGGCUUAGUGUGAAUUUGAAUUCUACCUUCCAGUAACCCGCUCCCCUGCUCUCUCCUC